ACCGACCCCAUCUCACCCAGUGACCCAACAACACGAAAGGGGAAUGGGUGGAUGGUGGCAGAGAUGCAGGGCAAGAAGCGGGACCUGUACGAUGAACGAAUAACCUUCGUGAAGGUGCUGGGAGUCGCCACAGAGACAUAUGGCUGCUGCUCCCCCGACACACUCGAGUUCCUCCGAGUACUGGCUGCCCUCUCAGCCCGCCGGAACAACAAGGCCGAUGAGAAAUCGGCGGUGGCAAAGAAGGUACUGCACAGCUACCGCCAGAGAUGGUCUAUCACCCUCCAGCGGCAGCAAGCAAUCACCCUCCAUGUGAAAGUUAGCCAGGUAACAGGCCAAGCUUUCAGCCACGACCGCCCCCUAGACAAACCCCUUGCCUGGGGAGAACUAGAGGCCACCAUUGAACCUACCUGCGUCGGGUGGCCUGGGCAGCAGUAGGAUGCCCGGGAGCCCUAGGACAUG